AUUUGAUCAAAGUCAAAUAAACGCUUAUCAAAAUGUUCAAAUUCUUCGCCCUUGUAUUCGCCGCCGUCUUGGCCGUCGUAUCUGCUGGUCCUAAACCAGGUUUGGUAGCCGCUGCCUACAGUGCCCCGGUGGUUGCCGGUGCCCCAGUUGUAGCCGCCGCCCCAGCUGUUGCCUACUCCGCCCCAGUCGCCUACUCCGGAUACUCCUCUGGAUACGUUGCUGCUCCAGCCGUAGCUGGUCCAUUGGCUUACUCCGCUUACUCUGCUCCUCUUGCCGCUACCUACUAUAACAGCUUAGUAGUAGGUGGCAGCAAGAGGAGCAGAGUAAGCGGAGUAAGCCAAUGGAGCGGCUACGGCUGGGGCAGCUACGUAUCCAGAGGAGUAUCCGGAGUAGGCGACUGGGGCGGAGUAGGCAACAGCUGGGGCGGCGGCUACAACUGGAGCACCGGCAACCACUGGGGCACUGUAGGCGGCGGCUACCAAACCUGGUUUAGGACCAGCAGAUACGACGGCCAAGACGGCGGCGAAGACAAGGGCGAACUAGAUGAUGGGAAAAAUGUCAUCUUUGUUGCUCUCAUCGCUUCAGUGUUUGCGGUGCCAGCUCCUGAACCGAAACCAGCCCCCAACCCUGGUUUAAUUGCAACCUCAUACUCAGCACCAAUAAUUUCGUCUGCUCCAUUGGCUUACAGUGCCCCUCUUGCUUACAGUAGCGUUGUUUCUUCAGUUUGUGACUUUUGCAAGUACAAUCACUAUAAUUUAUACAACAUGUUCAAAUUCGUCAUCUUUGUUGCCCUCGUCGCUUCAGCGUUUGCGGUGCCAGCUCCUGAACCAAAACCAGCCCCCAACCCUGGUUUAAUUGCAACCUCAUACUCAGCGCCAAUUAUUUCGUCUGCUCCAUUGGCUUACAGUGCCCCUCUUGCUUACAGUAGCGUUGGUUAUUCUGGAUAUUAUCUUCCUUCUGCCUACGCUUCUGGAUACGCUUAUUCACCAUACUCAUCUUACAUUGUUUAAAUGCAA